UGCGCUUGUAGGGUAUGUGCCUCUGCUGUCCGCGCAUGUGCUACAAUUUUCAAUGCCGUAGCAUGCAAAAUCCCUACAAUGGCCGCAUUUAGAUCGAGAGGUGUAGGCGACUAUACAGGAAGAGGCAGCUCGAUGGAUAAAAAAAGCCCGCCAGAUUGUGCUCCCACCCAAAGCCAAUUAGAGAUGAAGGCUAACGAUGUUGUGCAUGUCGCACGAAUCCUUCGUCCUUCGACCUCCGGAUGUCGGAAUCUCCAGCGCGGAACUUAA